UCUUGUAAUGUAUUUCAGUAAUUUUCAAAAAUUAAUAAAUAUUUAAUUCAGAUUCAUAUUUUUUAGAAUGUUAUUUCUUUCUUUAUUUAUACAAAUUGAAUACAAAGAUGUAUUUCAUACAGCAAGAAUAAAUGAUUAUUUAGGUAUUCAUUGUUCGUGUGCCAUUGAAGAGGAUGUUUUAAAAGGAAGAAACCAUUAUUUCAAAUAUACAAUAGAAACAACACUAUUUCAUUAAGUUAAAAUGAGCUUCUUAAAUGAUUUGUUUUAAAUAGUUCUCAUUUAAUCACGCCAAAUUAUUCUGAUGCCAACAGAUGAAAUGGAAGUUCGGACACUUCUGCUGAUACUCUUCAUAGUGCCUUUACAGUUGUCCAUCCUCCAAGCAAGACGAGACGCUUUGGACGUCCGUGAAGAUAGUGAGCAGUUAACAAAUACAAAUGAGGAGAACAAAGAUGCCAAGCGAAACAUUCUGGAAGAAGAGCGAGAGAGCAUGCUGGUCGCAGGGAUCGUCCCUCACGAGUGGACUCAAAACAAAUCAAAUAGUGUGCCUUCUGGUAUUCGGACUCCUCCGUCUUACCAUCGUCCCGAUCCCGAAGCCCUCAGCGCAACUGUGACUCCUGAGGACCACAAGUCCAUCUCGCUGGCGGAAGACGUCCUCAUCGAGGUGCUCGGGAGUCCGGCUCGUUAUUCUGAGCACAUUAGUCCAAAUGUGCAAGUCCAAAGUUUGACGAAGGCUGCAGACACAACAACAACAACAACAAAUGCCAUCAUUGAAAGACGAGAGCAUGAACAAAAUAAAGUGAGCAAGCCUCUAGUCAAACUGCAAAAGAUCAGAGGCGACAAAAAUACGACCAUUAGAAAUCACAAGCGAAAUGGGAGGAAAAAGAAUCUCCAAAAAACAAAAGGAAUGAAGAAGACUAAAAAGACAGAGCGUUUUCCUUACUUCAUGGAUAGCUACUGUCCUCCGGAUUGUGCCUGCUAUGGAAGGGUGGUCCAGUGUUCGGACAAAGCGGUGGACAAGAUCCCCUAUGGCAUCCCCUACAGCUCCCGGUACAUCCUCCUGAUGAACAACUGCAUCGAUAGCAUUCAACUGGACCUCCUGCGGGGAUACGCCUCCAUGGAAUUCCUGGUCCUGACCAAAAACCAACUCACAGACGACUCGCUGGAGGGGGCGUUUGAGGGUGUCCAGGCCCUGAAGCGUCUCUACCUGGAUCAGAACCUGCUGGCGAGCGUCCCGACAGACCUUCCGGCUUCCCUUCAGGAGCUCCGCCUGGACAACAACCGUGUGAGGGUGAUGUCGCAGUCAUCUUGGGCUCGCUGUCCUGGCCUCUUGGUCUUGAGCCUCAGCAACAACAGUUUGGGCGACGGUUCAGGAUCCCUUCUGGAUGCCGUGCUGUCUCCCCUACACCACUUGAGGACUUUGAACCUGGAUCAAAACCAGCUGACGACCGUUCCUCUGGGGUUGCCUCUCUCCCUCAAGGAGCUGUACCUCAGAGGGAACCUCAUCGAGCACUUCAGCAGCAGAGCGUUCAAUGGGACGUCACAACUGGCGAUUUUGGACCUGAGUGCCAACAGACUGAGCAACAAGGGCCUGCCCAAAGACGCUCUCCUCAACGCCACCCACCUGGAGAGCCUCAACCUGGAGGGCAACAAAUUUAAAAAAGUACCCAGACACCUUCCCUCGUCGCUAAAAGCGUUAAACCUUGAGGGCAACCUCAUCUCCGCUAUUAGAAGAAUGGCUUUUAACUCCUUGAAGAACCUGGAACAUCUGGGUCUGGCCCGGAAUAAGAUCUCCAAAGUAGUCCCGGGCGCAUUCCGGAGUUUGCCCGCCCUGCACCAGUUAGACCUUUGCCACAACGCCUUGCGCCAGGUACCCAGGCAGCUACCGCGGGGCCUCCACUCGUUGGUGCUAACUCACAACAAGAUCCAGUUGGUGCCCCGGGACGCAUUCUGCUGGGGUCUGGCAGGCUCGGGGCUCAGCGGGCUGGUCCUUGUGCAGUUGGGGAACAACUUGAUGGACAUGGGAAAGCUGGACUCAAAGGCUUUCAGGUGCUUGAGGGGUUUCCAGGUUGUGCACUUCUACUGAAACAAAGGCAUAGGUAACAUGAAAAUGACUGCUGAGAUACUAAUAUUUAUUGUUUUAGCUUGGUGUAAGAAGUGGGAUCCACUUUUGAUCAUAUUUUGACACCAUUAGGUUGUUUCAUUUUUGCUUGACGAGUCAAAAAUCCAGUAAAAUAUGUUAGUGUGUGUCCAAUUUCACAAAAAAAAAAGGGGGGAAAUAUCAUAUAAUUCGUCAUUUACCAAUCUUGAAGGACAAUACAACAAUUUGCAAUGAUGAAGCGUACUGAUGAUCAGGUGCAUGUCGAUAAAUUAGAUUAUCAUGGAAAACUACAUCUAUUUCAAUGGUUCGAUUUCAAAAGUGAAAUUGUAUAGAUUCACUACACACAAGAGUGCAAUACACUGAAAAAAAAGUCCUUUGAAUUUACUUAAUUCCAACAUGUACAUCUGUUGCACAUCAUUAAAAUGUGUUAAAUUAACAUGGAUCAUCAUGUCAUGUGCGACCGAUGUACAUCAUCAAAUUAAGCACUUUUUUUUUUGUGUAGUUCAUGAUUUUAUUUUUUUUUAUUUUUUUUUUUACGAAAAACCCAAAUUCAACAUCUCAAGAAGUUAGAAUCUUAC